AUGCUUAUAAGCGGAACAAGCUCAAUAUGCGCAGUCAUUCUUUAUGCGCUAACACUGGGCUAUCAAGCUCAUGCUAUCGAGCUCGAUAUCAACAAUGAACAAUCGAUCAAAGAUGCCGCUUCAACCGCUACCUAUGGGAUGAUGGUCUGGUAUCACGGCAACGAAACCGGACAAAUCCCUGGAGCUUUCCCUUCAAAAUGGUGGGAAGGCUCCGCCUUGUUCUAUGCGCUUCUCAAUUACUGGCAUUUUACGGGCGACAAUACCUACAAUGACGAACUGAGUGUUGGAUUGCAAUGGCAGUCGGGCACAAAUGGGGAUUACUUGCCCAGUAACUAUAGCCAUUUCCUGGGCAACGAUGACCAAGUGUUCUGGGGCCUUGCAGCGAUGACUGCAGCCGAGUUGAAAUUCCCCGACGUCUCGAAUGGAUUCUCGUGGCUUUCGCUCGCACAAGGUGUCUUCAACUCGCAAAAGGGUAGAUGGGAUACGACAAUGUGCGGCGGAGGUUUGACCUGGCAGAUGUUCUCAUACCAGGGGAGUGGGUCUACUAUGAAAAAUGCCAUCUCUAACGGCGGCUUCUUCCAGCUUGCUGCACGACUUGCCCGGUACACGGAUAACAACGAAUACGCGACAUGGGCGAGUAAGGUCUGGGAUUGGUCCGUCAACUCGCCACUAGUCAACAACAAGACGUGGAUUGUGCAGGACUCGACUGAAGGAACGGAGAACUGCAAGAAUGGAGCUAAUAUCCCGUGGACGUACAACUAUGGCACGUAUCUGAUGGGUGCUGCUUAUAUGUACAACUACACCGGAGAUUCCAAAUGGCUCGACGCAACAAACGGCCUCCUAAACAUAACCCUGCAAACCUUCUUCCGACAAGAAAGCGGCUACGUAAUGGAAGACAUAACCUGCGAACCGCGAGAAAUUUGCAACAACAACGAAGUCCUCUUCAAAGGCCUCCUCUCAACAUGGCUCUCCUACGUCGCCCUCGUUGUCCCAAAAACAUACGACCUAAUCAUGCCAAAACUCCAAUCCUCCGCCGUCGCAGCUGCAAAGUCCUGCACGGGCAACAACAACUACACCUGCGGCGUGCAAUGGUACAAGUCGCAGUGGGAUGGAUGGACGGGGAUGGAAGAGCAGAUUAGCGUUAGUCAAGUGUUCAGUGCGAAUUUGUUGCCCUUUGUUGGGGCGAAGGCUGUGGCGCCGGUCACGUCGAAUACUGGUGGGAAUAGUACGAGUGACCCUAACGCAGGGUUGCAGAGCACGAAGGAUAACACUCCCAAGCCUGUUACCACCGGGGACAAGGCGGGUGCUGGUAUUUUGACUGUGGUUCUUGUUGGAGGGUGGGCUGCUUUGAUGGCCUUUGCGGCGUUGGGAUCGGGGGCUUGA